AAGAUCCAGAGUACGAGAGCGCCAGUCAGGGGGAGUGUCUCAGCGAGUGCACAGCGAAACACAAACCGGGGAACCACGCGGAGCCCGUUCAAACCAACAAGCGCGACUCGCGAGCGGCAGUCUCACAUCUCUGACCUCUCUCAUUUCCCCAUUGAUUUUUGAAGCGGAUAGGCCUAGAGAUCACCGGAAAAUCUCCGUUACCACGAAUCCCCAUCUGACGUCUCAGCUGGGAGGCUCAAACAGUCCAGCGGCUGAGGAGAGUGAGAAGACUGAAGUUUUAUAUGAGAAGAAAGGUGCCCAGUGAGUAUUUUGGAGGAGGAAGAGCAGGGGCAGGAUGCAAUCAACGCGUCCCAGCCGGAUGCCAGCAAGGCGGGCAAGACACUGAGGACAAGGGGCCUCCCUGGGCCUGGAGCCCCUCAGACGCGGCCCCCGGCUCAACUGACCCCCAAUCCCAGGCCAGCAGCCAGCGCUACCCUUGCUCCGCCUUGCUCCGCAAGGCAGCAGACACGCCCUCCAGUGCCCCGUCAUCCGUCGCCCCGGCGCCGGGCGUUGCCAUGGCGUUCACUCUGUCAGAGAUCAUGGCGGCACGACGGCAGCAGCAGCAGCAGCAGCAGCAGAGAGGUGGAGCAGCGCGCGGGGUGGUGGAGGUGGACGAGUACAGCUCCAACCCCACCCAGGCCUUCACCUUCUACAACAUCAACCAGGGCCGCUUCCAGCCACCGCACGUCCACAUGGUGGAUCCUUUGCCACAUGACACUCCCAAACCGCCUGGUUACACGCGCUUUGUGUGCAUCUCGGACACACACUCACGCACGGACGCCAUCCACAUGCCCUACGGUGACGUGUUCAUCCACGCCGGAGACUUCACUGAGCUGGGCCUGCCCAGUGAGGUCAAGAAGUUCAACGACUGGCUUGGCACGCUUCCAUAUGACAUCAAGAUUGUGAUCGCCGGCAACCACGAGCUGACCUUUGACCAGGAGUUCAUGGCCGACCUGAUCAAGCAGGACUUCUACUACUUCCCGUCGGCGUCCAAGCUGAAGCCGGAGAACUACGAGAACGUGCAGUCCCUCCUGACCAACUGCAUCUACCUGCAGGACUCCGAGGUCACGGUCAGGGGCUUCCACAUCUACGGCUCGCCCUGGCAGCCGUGGUAUUAUGGAUGGGGUUUUAAUCUUCCGAGGGGACAGGCACUGCUGGACAAAUGGAACCAGAUCCCAGACAACACAGACAUCCUAGUGACACACUGCCCUCCUCUGGGCUUUCUGGACUGGGUCCCCAGGAAGAUGCAGCGUGUGGGGUGUGUGGAGCUGCUCAACACGGUGCAGAGGAGAGUCCAGCCCAAAACGCACGUCUUCGGACACAUCCACGAGGGGUACGGCAUGAUGACAGAUGGCACCACCACCUACAUCAACGCCUCCGCCUGCACCGUCAACUUCCAGCCCAUGAACCCGCCCAUCGUCUUCGACCUGCCCAACCCCCGGAGCACAUGAUUGGACCCUCAGCACCCCCCACCCCCACCCAACCCCCUGCCCACCCACUUCUCACCAAUCAGGGCCCUAACGAGUGAACGGGUGGGUGUGGUCUUGUACAUAUUAUCCCAGGCUGGAUGGACGCUGUUACCAGGCUCUCUGUCAGCCAAUGCUUUCAUAACCCCUAAUUAUUUUGUGUUGUGGAUGUCUGUCCUGAACCCCCUGCCUCUAUCUGGACUGCAGUGGACCGCCCCAUAGCGCCUCGUCCACCUGGGAGAAUGGACAGUCAGACCCUCUCUGUACUGAUUUCUGGACUUCAUUGCACUUCUCAGCCCGACAAUCUGUACUGUGUUCGAGUGUGGUUUAUGGAUGAAUGAAUGUCUGUGUGUGUGUGUGUGUGUGUGUGUGUGGUUCUGGGUUCUCUGGCCUGCCAGAACUCAGGGAAUGCAAGAUCAUCCCAGCAUCCCAUGUCUCUUUCUCUCUUGUUUUUUGCUUUCUCUUUUACUGACCACAGACUGCAUGGAAAUUCAGGGGUGCAGCAAGUGUCCUCUCUUUGACAUAUCUCCCCUCUCUCUCUCUCCCUCUCUCCCCUUAUAUCUGUGAUCAGGGGCAGAAACUGAAUGUCAACUUCUACUGAUCCCACCAGAUUUAUGAAUGAACACAUUCUCUCUCUCUCUUCUUUCUUUCUGCUCCUCGACUCUCUCCUCACUCAUCACAUCUCUCUCUCAUUUUACGGUUCUACUCCGUCUUGUUACUGUAAGUGCUCGACUGGCCUCCCACACCUGAGAUAACUUGGGAUCUGAAGAUGAUGGUAUAAUUGUUUGAGCUAGAUAGGUUUUUUCACAGGGAGUUCUAUGUAAUGUACAGUAAUGGUCAAUGUAACUGGAAAAAAACCUGAAAAUACUGAAUCAAUAAUGACUUCAAAUACUUAAAUGUUCUUUUGUCUGUACUUCUUGUGAAUAUAUUUAUAUAGAUUUUUUUGUCUGUAAGUGGUUGUUUGAUUUGAAAUGUCAGUGCUAAUAUGUGUGUGUGUGGAUGUGUGUGUGUGUGUGUGUGUGUGUGUGUGU